AUGGACGGGUUAAUGGGCAAGCUAAGGAAUUUGGAUGCGUAUCCAAAAAUAAAUGAGGAUUUCUACAGCCGCACGCUUUCCGGUGGUGUCAUCACUCUCGCUUCCUCUAUCGUUAUGUUUCUCCUCUUCUUCUCCGAGCUCCGACUAUAUCUUCAUUCGGUAACUGAAACAAAGUUAGUAGUCGAUACUUCGAGAGGAGAAACUCUACGUAUCAAUUUUGAUGUCACUUUCCCUGCUCUUCCGUGUUCUAUUCUCAGCCUUGAUGCGAUGGAUAUUAGUGGAGAGCAACAUCUUGAUGUAAAACAUGAUAUUAUCAAGAAAAGAAUAGAUUCUCAUGGGAAUGUAAUAGAAGCAAGGCAAGAUGGAAUUGGUGCUCCUAAGAUUGAAAAGCCUUUGCAGAGGCAUGGUGGCAGGCUUGAGCACAAUGAGACAUACUGUGGUUCCUGUUAUGGUGCAGAAACAUCAGAUGAAGAAUGUUGUAAUUCUUGUGAGGAAGUUCGUGAAGCAUAUCGAAAGAAAGGAUGGGCGGUGACAAAUCCGGACUUAAUGGACCAGUGCAAAAGAGAGGGAUUUCUCCAAAGGAUUAAAGAUGAAGAAGGGGAAGGAUGCAACAUUUACGGAUUCUUGGAAGUUAAUAAAGUGGCUGGAAAUUUUCAUUUUGCACCUGGGAAGAGUUUUCAGCAAUCUGGUGUUCACGUACAUGAUCUGCUGGCUUUUCAGAAGGAUAGUUUUAAUAUAAGUCACAAGAUUAAUAGGCUGACUUUCGGAGAAUAUUUUCCCGGUGUUGUUAAUCCUCUUGAUGGUGUGCAAUGGACACAAGAAACGCCAAGUGGGAUGUACCAGUAUUUCAUCAAGGUUGUACCUACUGUAUACACAGAUGUGAGUGGACACAUUAUCCAGUCAAAUCAGUUUUCCGUAACCGAACAUUUUAGGGGGUCAGGCAUAGGUCACCUUCAGUCCCUCCCAGGAGUUUUCUUCUUUUAUGACCUUUCUCCAAUUAAGGUGACUUUCACAGAGGAACAUGUUUCGUUUUUACAUUUCCUAACAAAUGUGUGCGCCAUAGUUGGAGGUGUUUUCACUGUUUCUGGCAUACUGGACUCAUUUAUAUAUCAUGGUCAAAGGGCAAUCAAGAAGAAGAUGGAAAUCGUAACUGGCUUCUCAAAUGGAAUUGGGUUUGGACGCCUAUUUUCAACUGGUCAGUUACUUAGAAUCAGAACUAAUGUUCUGUCAUGGUCCAUUAUGCCUGUCUGA